GGUACUGGGGAGUAGCGUGCGGCGUCCCGGGGCACAGCGGGAGGGGCAGCUGGGCCCCGGCCGUGCGGUAGCGGGAGGCCACGGUGCCGAGCAAGGUGCGGGGCCGGUAGCGGAAGACGGAGAGGUAGGCCCGGGCAGGAGUGACAGGCAAGCUCCUCGCCCGGGCCCCGUUGGCAGAACAGGCCUGGCAGCCGGUGACCGGUCCUCCCCCCUCUCCCAAGCCGCCUCCUCUCGCCAUGCCGAGCCCCCGGAGCAGCCGCGAGCGACGCGCCGGCUGCAGCAGCGGCCGCCCCGAGUUCCUGUCCCUCGUGAGCCAGCGCAGCCCCGUCUCCCCCGACAGCCCGUCACGCCGCAAGGAGUCGGGCAGCUCCGCGGCAGCCCCCAUGCCCGAGGAGGACUGCAUGAAGCUGAACCCUUCCUUCCUGGGCAUCGCCCUCAGCUCCCUGCUGGCCAUUGACCUUUGGGCAUCCAAGCGCCUGGGCGUCUGCGCCGGAGAGGGCUCGACCUGGGGCAGCGCCCGCCCCCUCAUGAAGGUCAUCGAGAUUUCGGGGCACGGCAUCCCCUGGCUGCUUGGCACCUUCUACGGGCUCUGCCAAAGCGACAGUUCAGCAGCCAGAGAGGUGCUGCUCAACCUGCUCUUCGCAUUGCUGCUGGAUCUCGUGAUGGUGGCAGUGGUGAAAGGGAUUGUCAAGCGGCCACGGCCCACCCACAACAAGAUGGACAUGUUUGUCACCAUCUCAGUGGACAAGUACUCCUUCCCAUCAGGCCAUGCCACCAGAGCUGCCCUGGUCUGCCGCUUCGUUCUGCGCCACCUGGUACUAGCCGUCCCACUGCGAGUCCUCAUGGUGCUCUGGGUUCUCAUUGUCAGCGUUUCAAGGGUCAUGCUGGGCAGGCACAACAUGACAGACGUGCUCUUUGGUCUACUGCUGGGCUACAUGCUGUACAGUGUGGUGGAGUACUGCUGGUUGUCCCCGCUCAGCGCGCCUGCCCUCUUUGCACUCUGGAGACACUGAUGACUGGGUUCCUCCCAAAGGAAAGGACAUGCACCUGGUUUUCUAAGCACGCACAAGGAGGGGAUAUUGGGACUUAAGCUCGUACACUGAACCCCAUCUAUCCCACCAAGACUUCAACACUAGCAGCACUGCAGGCUCCUGGGCCUGCAUUUUGGUGCCGUCUUGCCCUGUUGGGUAGGGUGUGCACAGGUCAAGCAGCUGCACUGACUGUUGUGCCAUGAAAAAAAAAAACCACAAACAGUCCCUGCAGAGCCCAGGGAGGGGUCAGCACAUUCAUGUGGCAGCUCACAACUGGUACAGUGAAUCUGCAUGCUUUUGCUGGGCACCUGCUGCAUUAGCCCAUAAUGUAUGUGGUAGCUGUGGCUUCUCUGAAAAUACACUGAUCAUGUUAUGAGUGCGCCCUGCACAGCCCAGUGUAUAAAAUAUGCCUGAAGGGCACUCUCUAGGGUCUCUCCUCAAGUUUAUGAAGGACUCUGCCUUCCUAAGCAGUGCAUCUCUUCCAUUGCUCUAGAUUUAAGUACUACACAGAAAACAGAUCUUAAAGCACUGAGGACAGAGGCACCUGGCUCCCAGUGUCAUGGAGAGAAAAGGUGCAACCAAAGGUUUGGCCCAUUCAUUUCAUCUCCAAAACAGCAGGUAAUGGAGGAAGCAUCUGUAACAGCACUGCUCCUGAAGACCUUGUGCAGAACUUCAUAACUGCUUUUCCCCUCCACAGGGAUUUUAGUCUACCAGGGAUACAGCACAUUCACAGUAGUUCCUGCUUGCCAGUCUGCUACCAGCAUACUGCAGCAUGAGCCCCUUCCCCAUCGCCCAGCAGCCCACACUCACCCAGGCUGCUGGGUAACCCCAGGAGCCGAGUCUUACCUGUACCUCCUGUAGCAAGAGGCUCUGGCUCUACCAACCGCCACCACAGCUCUCCAUGCUGGCUGGUGGGCUGGCUCUCCUGCCCUAGCACCAUUAGUCCUGGCAGCCUGUAUUUCACAGAAAACUGCUUGUCUUUGGCAGAGCACCCUGAGGCACUUCUGUAAUAAGCCAGUGAUGAGACUAUGCCAAGAAAACACAGCAUCCACACCAACAAGAACCACAGUCAGGUAAAGAGCGAAGGCUCUGGACUGGACUUAAAUAGUGCUCGUGGCAUGGGGAGGGAGGGGUUUUGACCCAGGUGAGGCUCAUCAUGGCCAUUUGGGUCCAUUAGCACACUCAAUGCCUGGAAAGCAUGGAUUAAGUCAUAUUAAAACCAGUCAGUGUUUUA